UUCUCUGCUACCGCAUCCUCACAACCAUCUUUGAUGAACCAUAUUAGACUUAAUUAACUGAUUCACUUCUCGGUAAAAUAAACCUGCUUCAUAUUUUUUCUAAGUAUGUCCCUCCAAGCGAAAGAAGGGAGAUAACCUGAACCCUUCUUUCGCUGGUACCGACCCGAACCCUCAUCCCCGCGGCUCUGCUCCCAACCGGCUAUGGGCGGCUUUCAGCUGCCAGUCAUCGCCGUGGUGCUAACGGUCUGCUCAGCUGUCGGAACGGAGACACCCGCUCAUGAAGACGGUGCUCCGCCUUCACGGAUCGCUGUGGUUGGAGCAGGUAUAGGAGGCAGCGCGACGGCCCAUUUUCUGCGCCAACACUUCGGUCCGGAGGUGCAGGUGGACGUGUUCGAGAAGGGCGAGGUCGGAGGUCGUCUGGCCACUGUAACCGUCAACCACAAUGAAUACGAAUCUGGAGGAUCCAUUAUUCACUCCCUCAACCUGCACAUGCAGGAAUUUGUCAAACAGCUUGGUUUGAAAUACCGUCGAAAUGUGGCAGGAAAGACUGCAGUUUUUAAUGGUGAAGAGGUGAUUUUGGAGGAGACCGACUGGUACCUGUUAGAUCUGUUCCGACUUUGGUGGCGCUAUGGGAUCAGCUUCAUACGCCUGCAGAUGUGGGUGGAGGAAAUCAUGGAGAAAUUUAUGAGGAUUUAUAAGUACCAGGCUCACGGCUAUGCCUUCAGCUCCGUGGAGGAACUCCUGGACUCUCUGGGAGGCAGCGGCUUCAUCAACAUGACCAGACGGCCGCUCUCCAACUCGCUGCUGGAGCUGGGCGUGUCGCAGCGCUUCAUUGAUGAGGUCAUCGCUCCCGUCAUGAGGGUCAACUACGGACAGAACGUCAGCACCGCCUUUGUAGGCGCUGUUUCUCUGGCUGGUGCCCAGAACAACCUGUGGGCGGUGGAAGGAGGAAACAAGCAGGUGUGUUCAGGACUCCUGAAGAUGGCUAACGCUAACUUACUGAAGGCUCAUGUCACAUCUAUCUCCCCGCUCCAUUCAGGGGAGGUGCUGCAGUACCAGCUGAACUUCACCACAGCAUCAGCAGUCGGAUCGAAGCUGUACGACAUCGUAGUGUUGGCGACUCCGCUUCAGGCCGGUGUCGGUUCAGGACUCCAGUUCCAGGAUUUCGCCCCUCCCUUCGACGAGCUGCCCGGCAUCUAUCACGGCACCGUGGCGACAAUCGUUCACGGCUACCUCAACACGUCUUUCUUUGGUUUCCCAGACCCCCGUCUGUUCCCGUUCGCCAGCAUCCUCACGACUGAGACGCCCAGCCUGUUCUUCAACAGCGUGGCCAGCGUUUGUCCCGUCAACAUCUCAGCCGGCUUCCGGCGCAAGCAGCCGCAGGAAGCCGGCGUCUAUAAGGUGUUUUCACCUCAAUCUCUGGACAAACCGCAACUGAAAACGCUUUUCAGGUCGUACUAUUCGGCCCAGGUGACGGAGUGGCAGGCCUACCCUCAGUACGGCAGCAGCCAGGGCCUGCCCCCUGUGGAGCUGCACCCAAACCUCUACUACCUCAACGGCAUCGAAUGGGCCGGCAGCGCCAUGGAGAUGAGCUCGGUGGCAGCCAAGAACAUCGCCCUGCUGGCGUACCACCGCUGGAACAAACAGACGGACAUGGUGGACCAGAAAGAUCUUAUGCACCGGAUCAAAACGGAGCUAUAAUCCAAUCAACUCAAAGUGGAGAAAAGUCAGCUGUAAAAAUUUAUUUCAAAGGGAUUUUGGGGGGGAAUUGUGAAUGUGUAUGGUGAUGCAGCAGAAUAUGGUUCUGUUUAUCUUAACUUGCAGAUAUUUAGCCUUAAAAUCUUUUAUCAAAGGAUUUCAAGCUUCUUGAAGUGUCUUGACCAUGUUUCCAUAAAAAAAUCUUCCUGUUGCUGUAAAUUAGUCAUAAAUCGACUUAAAUAAAAUAAGAACUUAUGAGACUUUUUAAACAAACAUGGAGCAAUGUUUUAGUUUUCCAGUUGGUUUUGCCUGUGAAAUAAUUAGAGGGGAAUUGAUGCAUGUUGCAGGCCUUUAUUGGGAUGUUUUUUAAUUUUGUCAAUCUUCCUUCCACACAAAGAAGAAUGUCAAGCAGUUUAUAUUUUUGGCUUGAAGUAUCUGGCCUGUUGAUUUGCUACCAUAACCCUGAGCAAUAAAAAAAGAAACAAUUUUAACACAAAAUACUUUUGAUGAUGUUCUCCCUGUCAAAACUAAAUGUGGAAACUUCACAAAUGUCUUGGAUUCUGAUCCUCUCCUCUUCAUUGAGACCUUCCGACUUUGAUUUCCAACUAAAAUGCAAAAUCUACUUCAAUCAAAGACGAGGUGUUUGGAAAACUGAGUAAAAAGAGUUUAAAACAAGAAAAGAAGCAGUUAUGUGUGCUAAGGUACUGUGGAACAUAAGUAUAUGGCAUUUUAAGCCCAUAUCCUUAAAAUUUACCUCUUGAAUGGGCUUCAGCUUACAAUCCUCACAAGCAGCUAAACCUUAUCUAACACAUUUUUUCCUUCCACGAAACUUUCCCUUGCAAUGCUUCUAUACAGCACUCUAUGACCAGCCAGUUUCUUUUUUAUGGCUUAUUGUGUCAGCCUCUGUAUGCUGGAUAACUUGGAAGUCAGAGUCUUUCCAGUGAUUACAUAACAUCUGUAUUAGAGGCAAUUUUAUUUCUUGCUUUAUGUAAUAUUUAAACUGUCUCAGAAACAGGUUUUUUUUAUUGCCCGCUUCGAUUUAAUGAACUAAAUAAACCCUUUUGAUAUA